AUCUUCCCUCGAUCGAGCAAGAGUAGCUGACACGAGCAGAGGAAGAUGGCCAAGCUUGCCCUUCUCGCCGUGCUCGCCGUACUCGGUUCCGUGGCUUGCCAAGGAUCCGACUACGGCUACACCUAUCCCAAGCCCGACCCCACUCCCAUCAUACCCUCGCCCCCACCACCGGCGACUCCUUCGUCGAGCCCUUCCCCAUCUCCACCAGCUACUCCUCCGCCCAGCCCUAGCCCUGGCUCUACCCCGGGCUAUCCCACCCCCACUCCCACCAUGCCGGCCACGCCCCCACCGGUUUCUCCUCCGACGAGUCCUACCCCACCUCCUACUCUCUCCCCGAGCCCUUCUCCUACCCCGGUCUAUCCCAGCCCCACUCCCACCACACCCGCGCCCCCACCGGCUUCUACCUCUACCCAGCCUCCACCUGCCACUGGGCUCAAGGUCGGCUACUACAAUGACAAGUGCCCUGACGCGGAGAAGAUCGUGCUGGACGCCGUGCGCAACGCCACCGCCGGCGUGAAGGCCGGGCUCAUCCGUCUCUUCUUCCACGACUGCUUUGUCCAGGGUUGUGAUGCCUCUGUCCUCCUGAACAAGGUCGCUGGCAAGCCUGAACCGGAGAUGCUCGGUAUCCCAAACUUGAGCCUGCGUGGCUUCGAAGUGAUAGAGGCGGCCAAGAAGAAGAUCGAGGAAAAAUGUCCUGGUGUCGUCUCCUGCGCCGACAUCGUCGCCUUCGCAGGCCGUGACGCCAGCAAGUUACUCAGCGGCUACAAAAUAAACUUCAGCAUGCCGGCCGGCCGCUAUGACGGAUUGGUGUCCCUCAAAGAUGAGACCCUCCCGAACCUUCCCCCACCUUUCGCCAACCUGACUAUCCUCACACAAAUGUUCGCCAAGAAGGGACUCAGCCAAACCGACAUGGUUGCACUUUCCGGCGCGCACAGCAUCGGCCGCUCGCACUGCUCCUCCUUCCGUGACCGUCUCCAGCCGCCGGCCAAGGACAACUCCACCACAUCGAUGGACGCCACCUACGCUGGGAAGCUGACUCAGGACUGCCCCGCCGGUAGUGAUCCAACGGUGCCGCAGGACUACAAGACCCCCGACGUGCUGGACAGCCAGUACUACAGGAACGUGAUGGAUCGCAAAGUGCUCUUCACCUCCGACGCAACGCUCAUGACGUCACCAAAGACAAAGGAAUUGGUGGAAAAGUACACUUGGUGGUUGAUCGGAGAUUUCUUGUGGUACAGACAUUUCGAGGAUGCCAUGGUGAAGAUGGGCAAUAUCGAGGUGAAGAACAGCACCAACGGCCAGAUCAGGAAGAAGUGCGGGUUCGUGAACGAGCCCUACACCGGUUGAUGAUCUCUCAAGGGUGGAGACUAUAUAUUCAGUCGUGGUUUUUGCGUGUGCCUUCUGAUCUUCCAUUCUAGUUUAUUUUCCACUAAGGUUUUGGCUCGUCGGUUCAUUUUAUUCAUUUGUGUUGUAAUCUUUGUUGUGCCACUUAGCCAACUACGUACCGGCAAUGCUUUUCACUGGGAUUGAUGAAUUAAUUUUUUUCUGAUAAUCAUUAUUUAUCAAUGGCAAUAUAUAUCUUCUCUGCUA